UUUCAUUGUUUUUAAUUUUUAUUUGCUCAUUGCUGUUUUAAAAGUUCAAAAUCUUUGAAUUUAUUAUUCCAAUUUCACUUGUAAAGCAUUUCAGUUUUUUUCAUUUUGUUGCUUUGUUCUUAUUUUAUAAUUUCAUUACUCCAACAUUUGUGAGCACAUUGGUCAAGUAGGAAAUAUGCCGACAACCCGACAAUCAGAACACAAACACAGAUCCGAUUUGUUCAUUAGAAAAUUAUGAAGGUUCAGUUUUAAAACUUACGAAAAGGUGUUUUCUUUAUACGUUUCAAAUAAUGCAGAAAUAUGAGAAACUGGAAAAAAUUGGCGAAGGAACCUAUGGGACUGUAUUCAAAGCAAAAAACAGAGAAACCUUGGAAAUUGUGGCCAUGAAAAGAGUAAGACUCGAUGACGAUGACGAGCAAAAUAAUUUAAAAAAGGACAACUCGCCCAUAAGUUGUGGUCCGUUUGGCGAGGGUGUUCCGUCAUCGGCAUUGCGAGAAAUUUGCUUAUUGAAAGAGCUCAAACAUAAGAACAUAGUCCGACUAUACGAUGUGUUACACAGUGAAAAAAAAUUAGUGUUGAUAUUCGAAUAUUGCGAACAAGAUUUGAAAAAGUAUUUUGAUGGAUUAAAUUGUGAUAUCGACGUAAACGUAGUUCGUUCAUUCAUGUAUCAAUUAUUACGUGGUUUAGCAUUUUGUCACAAUAAUAACGUUCUACAUCGUGAUUUAAAACCACAAAAUUUGCUGAUCACUCGAAACGGAGAGUUGAAAUUGGCAGAUUUUGGCUUAGCUAGAGCUUUUGGGAUCCCAGUCAAAUGUUAUUCAGCCGAAGUGGUAACUUUAUGGUACCGCCCACCUGACGUAUUAUUUGGAGCCAAGUUGUAUACCACUUCGAUCGAUAUGUGGUCUGCUGGUUGCAUUUUUUCAGAACUGGCGAAUAGUGGAAGACCACUAUUUCCGGGCACGGACGUCGACGAUCAAUUGAAAAAAAUAUUCAAAGUACUGGGAACACCAACUGAAGAGAACUGGCCCGGAGUUACUCAACUGCCUGACUACAAGCCAUUUCCUAUUUAUAUUCCUAAUUUGAAUCUACCUCAAAUUGUUCCUCGACUCAACGUCAAAGGACGAGAUUUACUGCAAAAACUCAUAGUCUGUAGACCUUCUAGUCGAAUAUCUGCCGAUGAAGCAAUGGCACAUCCUUAUUUUCACGAUAAUAGACCUGCGACGACCACCGCUGCAAAUAAAUCAAAAUGAUUUGUAUAUCGUGUUGUACCUAGUUCUUCGUUAAUCAAAUAUUUCUACAUUUCACUCGCGUAUAUUUAGCACAUAUGUUUGUAUAUUGUUUAUUGUGUUGAUUUUUUUUCGAAAUGCAUAAAUUUUAAAUGCUA